GCCGGGCCCCGGCGCGGGCGGGGCUCGGGGCCCUGGGCCGGCCAUGGCGGAGAGGCGGCAGCGGACCCGCGUGCAGGGCGGCUGGGCCGGCGCCCCGGCGGGACGGCCCGCAGCACCUAAGGCACCUGUGGCCAGCAGCCUUUCCCUGGCAGGUGUGAGACCAGCGUGGAGACAGAAAGAUCAGCCUCACACUCAAAAGCAGUUUGUCUUUGAAAAGCCAUCAGAGGUGGAGCGCAGAGUUCCUGAGGCAGGUGUGAUAGACAAGCCUGGUGUGUAUGAGCUCAGCAAGGGACCAACUGGCACUUCUAGGAUUCAUUUGAUUCCUGGCUUUAUUGACUCAGAACAAGCAGACUGGAUGUUUGAGCAACUCCUCCAAGACAUCCCCUGGGGUCAGCGAACUCACAUCAGGCAGGAAGUAUCUUUUGAGGAACCACGGCUUACAUCCUGGUAUGGGGAACUUCCUUACACAUACUCCAGGAUAACAAUGCAGCCAAAUCCAAAUUGGCAUCCUGUGCUGAGCAUGCUGAAGGAGCGCAUUGAGGAGUUCACUGGCCACACCUUCAACUCUCUUCUCUGCAACCUGUACCGAAAUGAGAAGGACAGUGUGGACUGGCACAGUGACAACGAGCCAUCGCUGGGGAAAAAUCCUGUCAUUGCCUCACUCAGCUUUGGUGCUACUCGGACCUUUGAGAUGAGGAAAAAACCUUCCCCUGAAGAGGAUGGAGACUAUACUUAUGUAGAAAGGAUUAGGAUCCCACUUGAUCAUGGGAGUCUGUUAGUGAUGGAAGGAGCCACCCAGGAGGAUUGGCAGCAUCGAGUGCCUAAGGAGUAUCAUUCUAGAGAUGAACGAAUAAACUUGACAUUUAGGAUCAUUUAUCCAGAACCUGAUGGAGUUUGGAAGUGAAGAGCCACUUUGGACAUUGUUGGAUAUACACCCACAGCAGAUCUAGAGCCUAGAUUGCUACAGAUAUAAAGGAAGCAUUACAGAAUCAGAGUUCCUUGAAGUCAUGGGGAAAAGAGUUUUUGUUAUGAAGACCUUUGGCAAUCAGAAGCUGCCAGUGUUAUGUGGACAGAAAUUAUAUGUUAUUAGAUGAUACUAAAUCACAGGAUUUAAGUUUGUGAGCAGUGAUUAUUCUUAAAAGGGCACAAAGCAGAUGAAAGAUGUGAGAGGUUCCAACUGGAGCAAACAGAUUCAGUGGGCACAUAGUUUGCACCUUGUCUUGUCACUCCUUUACUCCCAAGUUGUGAUCUCUGUUGGAAAUGAUGACAAGAUGGGAUUCUGUGAUCUCUGUUGGAAGUAGUGACAAGAUGGGCUUCUGUGAUGCAAAGCCACCUCUGUGUGUCUGUACAGAAAUGAGAAGGCUGCACUUGGGAUGAUCUCUGGGUAUUACUCAUUUCACCAAAGGGUGGUGCACUGCUUUCUAUCUGUAGGUUGCAGAGUCUUUUCCAGUUAAGCAAUCAGUUUAAUAACUUAAAUAACUACUUGAAUUAUACUGGUGUCUAGUGGAACAGAGGGGUCAAGGCUUUCUUCUCUCUUGCACUCUGUGGUCAGACUUUAUCCUAACUGUUUAUCCAUGUAGACAGGACAAGGCAAAGGCAAGCAACAGAGACAUCUGACAACCCUGCUCAACCCUGCUUCUGGGUCAGUGCAUAUUACAUUAAAGAAUAUCACUCUUGAGCCUCUCUUACCUCUUGAGCCUGUCACAGAUCAGCAGUCAGCACCUCAGACCAGAUUCCAGGCUGACUUGCUGGAAUCCUUCAAGCUUGCCUGCUGUAACUCACCUGCUGCUGGGAAGCAGUGGGCUCAUGACCGCAGUCUGGAUGUUAAGUGAUGUUAAGUCAGGAGUGCUGCCUAUGUGGUUAAGUUCUAAAUAUCAUCACUGUGCAGGAUCAAAUCAUAGGUUUGGUCCAUCUUCACUGCCUACCUGCAGUAGGAUCUAAGCACAGGUAAAUACUCUGUGCCUUGCAAUACGUUAGCUUUGUUAAGCAAGCUAAUGUCCAUCUUCACUGUAAGAAUAAAUUGGUGUUGGGAAAAUAUCUGUAUUUUCUUAGCCAGUAUUUGGUGUGUUUUAAGUUAUUUGGUGAGCAGCCAAGUUAUUAAUACUCAGUUUUAAUGUUAUUGAUGACAUAAAGGACAUAAAUUCCUGAGUGAAAUGAGCCAUUUCACUCCCUGUGGUCUGAAAUUGGGCAGAAUCAUUUCCUAGAAAUGGCUUCUCUACCUAAACCACCAUACAUUAUUCUUCUAAAAUUAAUUAAUGUUACCAGAAAACUUAAACUUAACUUCAUUUACUAAUGAUGUCUUCACUUUCAUCCCAAUUUGUACAGAAAUGUUUUUGGAGUAUUUUUAAUGUUAUUUCUUUGCAUUUGAAUCUUUUGUCUAGGCUCUGUGAUGUAUUUCAUGGGAAUCAGGGUUGAAGGAGGCAGACACUUUUAUAUUUACUUUCUUUUGAGUCAUUGGAGCUUUGUGCACAUCUCUGUAUGUGUGUCCAGGUCUUGCAGUCCUGACAGAGAGUGGAUGUCCUUAACCAAGGGACAGUGCUAAUUUGUCAAAGUAUUCUGAGAAGGCAACACUUUUGCCCUUAUCAAUUCCUACAAGCUCCAUUUGUUUUCACUGUAUUAAGAGCAGCCAGGCUGCAAGAAAGAGUAGGAGAUGGGGAUGAGUUGGAAACUUUUAAACCCCCAAACCCCAGCCUGUGGAAAUUGCAACUCAUUUGAAUUCAGUGAAUCUAUGGCACAUAACUAAUGGCAGGGCCCUGGAGGCUGAUGCUGUUGUGGAAGAGCAGUUUUUCACCUCCUUUUCUUGAUUUCAAUUUGUAAUGUUAGCAAAUUUUGGUUUAGUUUCUUCACUUCCUUUGGUUUGGGAAAAGACCAAGUUUUCCUCUCCAGAAAUAAAAUGAUUUAUAGGAGAAAUGUUCUGUGCCCCAGUGCUCCAUUGUUGCUGGAGACUACUGCAUUCUGCUUUCUCUCACGUGUCAGCUUCACUGUAUCCAAAUCUGUUUGACAGUGAGGAGAAGCCAUAUGGCAUCAUUCUCCAGCCUGUCCUGUGUGUACUGGCUGCAAGGGGAGCAGUUGGCCUAGGGGUCAAGUUUCUUUGUCAGCUGGGAGCUUCCUUCCUUCCCCUACCUCACCAGAAAAGUCAGCUAGCCAGGUAGCAGCAACCCCCUGCCUGCCACGACAGCAGGAGAUGGCUUUGGGCAGAGGAGAUUCCAGCUCAGAGCUCCUCAGGAGACCCUUCUGCAAGGACUUUCCUGUUGGUAGACAUUGGUUCCUGAAUGCUACAGGCACGCCUGCUGAGUUCUCAAAAUGGGUGUGCACAAAGGUGAGAUUGGAGAGUUCUUGAGCUGGUGGUGUUCCCUUGGCACCUAAAGAUUUUUCACUAGAGACCAGGGCACCUUGCACAUUUCUUGUACUGCUCUUUCUGCUGUUGCAGUCAGGUGCAAAGGGCAGCAUGUUUAGGAUGGUAAGUAUGCAGUUAUGUUUCAUUCUUUAACUUAAAGAUAGGUGGAGGAACCUUUCCCCCAGUUACAUGGAUUUGAAAACAGUGCUUCUAAAAAUGUCAUCCAGAAGAAUCACUUUCCAGUUAAAAAGCUUGCUUUCUUCCUUCUCAGGACUGUUGUGAGAUUCUCAGCCAAAAACUUUUUGAAAAAUAAUUUAAACUCAGAGUAUACUAAGGUAAGGUAAAAUAGACUAUUUUAAUGAUCACAGAGGAUUUGAGAGCAGGGGGCUGGCCUGAGAGUUUUGUUUUUGCAGUUGGCACCAGAUUCUGUCCAUCUGAGGGGCUGCAGCAGCUGGUGAGAGUGCUUUGCUUACAGAACACCUCUGUGCCACUAUUUUUAUGUGGAAGAUACAAACUGUGGGUUUACUUUUUUCCUUUUCUUUGAAAUACAGAAUGGUUUGUGUUGGAAGGGUCCUUGAAGAUUUCAGCAGAGUAUGUGUCUCUUUCAAAAAAUGCUCAAAAAUUGCAUUCUUCAAAAUGGUUUGUCUCUGGCUUUCAAACAGGUGGAAUCUGCUAGUAACCCCAGGUAAGAUUCCCUUUUCCAAAACAGCCAUCACCUUCUCCAAAAUGUAAUGGCCCUCAGAUUUGAUGAUAAGGAGUAGGUGAAUGGAAGUUGUCUUGGGUAAGGAUGGACAGUAGCCUGCCUUCCUCAGGAACAUGCAGGAUGGAGCUGUUCUGAAAAAAAACCACAACUGGGUCCAUAUGUAACCAUUCAUUUAUUUAACAGCUAUAGAAGCAAUGACAUUAUUAAUUAACCACACUGGUGUCAGGCAUCACUCUGUCCCCAUGCUACUUGGAAUCAUUUUCUCACAGACUACUUGAAUAUUCAAGCACAAACUCCUGGUGAAGUUGGAGUGUAUUUGAUUCAGUACUGCACUUUUGGGCCACAGUGGGUUGAUCUGAGCACACACCAUUUGAAAUGAAUAUCAAAGUUCUGUCACUUCUCUG